AUGGAAUAUGCAGAAAGGCUUCGGGCAAACAACAUUCACAAUUUUCUUCCAGAUGACUGUCGGAAAAGCCAUAAAUACCAAUGUAUCCUGAGUUUCAUAUGCAUUUUCCCAUUAGUGGUUCUACUGGCUGCUCUCAGACACCCGCUUGGAAAAGAUGUUCCGAAAUUUCAGGAAGCGGUUUCACUGCCGGGUUUUCCAAAUGGCAUUUCCCCACUUUUCCGAGAUCUCGUUUUCCCACCUCAUCCCCAUCUGAGGAUCAAACGCUACACCCUCACCCCAGGACACCUGAAGUGGGACCACUUGAACCUGACGUACAAGAUUCUGUCUUUCCCCAGAAACCUCAUCAAUGAGAGCCAGACGAGGAAGGGAUUGGCGACAGCUUUCCGCAUGUGGAGCGACGUCUCGCCUUUCAGCUUCCGGGAAGUGUCGCCAAGCGAAGCCAGCGACCUGAAGAUCGGUUUCUAUUCCAUCAACCACACGGAUUGCCUGGAGUCCCACAUCCAUCACUGUUUCGACGGCACGACUGGAGAACUGGCACAUGCCUUUUUCCCGCAGACCGGCGAGAUCCAUUUUGACGACCAUGAAUACUGGAUUGUGGGGGAGACGAGGUUUAGCUGGAAAAAAGGGGUUUGGCUUACUGACCUGGUCCACAUUGCUGCUCACGAAAUUGGCCACGCCCUGGGGCUGAUGCACUCCCUGGACCCGAACGCUCUGAUGCAUCUCAAUGCGACGCUGACUGGGAAAAACGUAAUCUCCCAGGAUGAGAUGUGGGGGAUCUUCAGGCUUUAUGGAUGUAAAGACCGACUCUUUCUCUGCCCUUCCUGGACUCGGAAGGGCUACUGCAAGAAACGGCCAAAACUGAUGAAGAAGCAUUGCCCGCACAGCUGUGACUUCUGCUUGGAGUUCCCUUUCCCGACAGUGGUGCCAACUCCACCUCCUCCAAGGAUGAAAACAAGGAUCGUCCCAGAGGGCAGGAACGUCACCUUCCGGUGCGGGCAGAAGAUCAUUCAUAAAAAGGGCAAAGUUUAUUGGUACAAAGAUAAAGAGCUUCUAGAAUAUUCCUAUCCGGGGUACCUCUCGUUGAACGACGACCACAUGAGCAUCAUCGCCAACGCCAUCAACGAAGGCACCUACACUUGCAUGGUCAAGAAGAAGUCGAAGAUCCUCACCACGUACUCCUGGAGAGUCAGGGUGAAGCAGUAG